AUGGGUGUCUUUAGUCGAGACAAGAAGGGGAGCGGCGAGAGCUCGCCCUCCCCCGUCCCUCAAGACGGUCACGAUGUGCAGGAGGGCUUUCUCGCCGAGAACGCCGACCACCUCAAGCGCAACUUGAAUAAUCGUCAAAUCCAGCUGAUUGCCAUCGGCGGCUCCAUCGGAACGGCGCUGUUCGUCAGUAUCGGUGGUGGUCUAUACCGCGCUGGUGCCGCUGGCCUGCUCCUCGGCUACCUGUUUCAAAGCCUUGUCCUGGCCAUGGUCAAUAACUCUGUCGCGGAGAUGAGCACGGCAUACCCAGUCAGUGGUGGUUUUAUUCGCUUGGCCGGCAAAUGGGUAGACGAGGCCUUCGGUUUCAUGAUCGGGUGGAACUUCUUCUUCUACGAAGCCCUUCUCAUUCCCUUCGAGAUCUCGGCUUUUACCCUGGUACUGUCAUUUUGGAGCGACAAGGUCACUGAACCGGGACCUGUAGCUGGCGUCGUUACAGGCGUCAUCAUCUGCUAUGCCUUCAUCAACAUCAUGGCUGUCGGAGCUUAUGGCGAGGCCGAAUUCUGGCUCUCUGGCGGCAAGGUUAUCUUGAUCUUCUCACUGUUUUUCUUCACAUUCAUUACUAUGGUUGGCGGCAACCCACAGGGCGACGCUUACGGCUUCCGUUACUGGAAGAACGGCGGCGCGUUCCGAGAGCAUAUCACCACCGGAGAUCUCGGCAGAUUCGAAGGUUUCCUUGCCGGCCUAACCUCCGCCCUGUUCACUGUUGUUGGGCCCGAAUACAUCUCCAUGGUGGCUGCCGAGGCCAAGCGCCCACGAGUCUACAUCAAAGCGGCCUUCAAGAUGGUCUACCUUCGCUUUGGUAUCUUCUUCAUUGGUGGUGCUCUUGCCGUGGGUAUCGUGUGCAGCUCCCGCGACCCAGCUCUUGAGGAAGUUGUUCUCGGUGGGAGCAAUGGUUCUGCUGGUGCCUCGCCAUACGUCAUUGCGAUGAAGAACAUGGGCAUUGGUGUUUUUCCCCACAUCGUCAACGCUCUCAUGUUGACCUCGAUCUUCUCUGCUGGAAACACCUACACCUAUUGCGCCGUCCGCACCUUGUACGGUCUCGCGCUCGAAGGCAGAGCUCCUCGAUUCCUCACCCACUGCACAAAAAAGGGUGUGCCGAUUUAUUCGUUUCUCGUGGUCAUGAUUUUCCCUCUGCUCUCCUUCUUGCAAGUCUCCAACAGCUCGUCAAUCGUCAUUACCUGGUUUGCCAAUUUGGUCACAGCAGGAGGUCUGAUUGACUUCUUCUCCAUGUCCGUCACGUACAUCUUCUUCUACCGCGCCUGCAAAGCUCAAGGUCUCGACCGCAAGACUCUGCCUUAUGUCGGCUGGUUCCAACCUUACUGCGCUUACUUCGGCGCCAUUUGGAUGUUUGUCGUCGCCUGCUAUUAUGGCUACACCUCGUACCUGCCAUGGUCCGUCUCCAGCUUCUUCUCCAACUACACGAUGCAGCUGUUCAUCCCACCGCUAUACAUCAUCUGGAAGGUCGUCAAGAAGACCAGAAUCGUGCGACCUCACGAAGCGGAUCUCGUCUGGGAAAGGCCAGUCGUCGAUGCGUACGAGGCGACCUUCUUGGACCCUCCUGUCGGAUUCUGGCGCGAGAUGGGACAGAUCAUUGGACUUGCCAAGAUCAAGGGCGGAAAUGACAAGCGACGCCCGAGUGUUGCUCCUAUCGAGGAGGAAAGCCAGCGCUACGAGAAAUGA